CUUCGGCGGCGUUAGGCUUAAUGUACUGUAUUAAUUUGUCGUCAAUGUUUCAAUGGGCAGUAAGGCAAUCGGCUGAAACGGAAAAUCACAUGACAAGUGCUGAGAGAAUAACGAGGUGUUCUUGUAUUACGUCAUUAUCUAUCGAAGAAUGACAACAGUAAAAACGUUCUUUCAAUAUACUAAGAAAAACAGAUGCAGAUUAACGAAGUUUCGUUGAUUUUGUUGCAUGACGUAGUUUACAUUAAAUAAAUGUUUCUAUUGGGGUGAAGUCUUAACAUGUCCGAAACGAAUAUUAUUGUCUCGCCUAAGUCAGUUGGAAAAUUUGACUAAUCCCGCUCAUACUUCCACUAAAACUUUUCUUCAAAACAAAGAGAUAAAAAAGGUCUCUUGAAGAAAUAGAAAUUUUUCCAAAAGCGACCAUUUUUGGAUAAAACAAGCUAAAGAAAAGAAGAAAGAAAUUUUCGGAUGGAAGUCGGUGCCGUUUUAUCUAUUUUACUAGAGACAUCAUUAUAGGCAGCAGACAAAGUAUUUUCGAUUUUGAGAAUUUUUUUGAUACUUCAUCUAUUCAAGUCGAUGAUGUAAAACUUCUUGUAAAGGGAAAAUGAAAAAGUUAAAGUUAUAAGAACUCAAUUCAUUUUUUAAAUUUAGUUUUUUAGAAAUUAGUUUAACGCGUGCCGUGUGCUGAUCAAAAGUUCAUGGAAAAAAUAGAACCAACUUAACAUGAGUGCUUAUCGUUAACUAUAAAUAGAUGAAGAAAAAUAUUGUCUACGUGAUAUGUAAACAGCUUUUAAGCGAGUAUUCUCGUCUGCCACCCGAACCUGAUUUCUACAAUGAAAAACAGAAACCGCCGUCUGAAUGGCCAACGAAAGGAAAAAUCGAAUUUAAAAACUAUAAAUUUCGUUAUCGUGCUGAGCUUGAACCGGUAUUGAAAGGCAUCAACCUCGAUAUUGAACCAUGUGAUAAAGUGGGCAUUUGUGGGAGAACAGGGGCUGGAAAAUCGUCUAUUUUUCAAGCUCUUUUUCGACUAGUCGACAAAUCAGCGACAGAAGGUCAAAUAUGUAUUGACGAUAUUGAUAUUAAUACAAUUAGUCUAAGCGAUCUACGUUCCCAUUUGAAUAUCAUUCCACAAUCGCCCGUUCUAUUCAGUAAUACUCUAAGAUAUAAUCUUGAUCCAUUUAGCAAACACUCGGACGAAGAGUUGUGGAUAGCCCUGGCAAUGGUUCAAUUGAAGGAUAAAAUGUCGGAAAUAUCCGAUGGACUAAGCAUACAAGUAGCUGAAUAUGGGAGUAAUUUUAGUGUGGGCGAGUGUCAGUUGAUAUGUGUAGCUCGAGCUUUGCUAAAACCAAGCAAAAUUCUGUUAAUUGACGAGGCAACAGCUAAUAUUGACAUGCAUACGGAUAAAUUGAUUCAACAAGUUAUUCGAGAGAAAUUCAGUGCACAAACAGUACUGACAAUUGCACAUCGUCUAGAUACAAUUCAACAUAGUGAUAAAAUUGUGUUGAUUAGUGACGGUUUGGUUAAAGCGUAUGGGAAGCCAACAGAUGUUUUGGAUGAUACAAAAAAUGAUGAUAUUGACUUAGACGACACUGAUGAAAAGAAGAAAGGUACGUUGUGA